GAUUCAUCGUUCUCUCUCGCUCCAACUUCCGAAUGCGUCAGAAAAGCAGCCGUAUUGGUCGAGUCGGAGUCGGUCGAGCCAGAUUUUAGUAACGCGUCGACUAUUGUGGCGACUACGCAGAAUAUUAGAGCUCCAUAAAGUGCGGAAACAAACAGAAAAUGUUUUCACACACUACAUUUACCGUCCUUUUCGGGAUGUUGCUGAUAAUUGCCAUCAUUCCAGAUACAGCUUCUUAUAACAAAUAUGGAAGAACCUGCAAAGAUAUCGGUUGCCGUAGUGAUGAAACGUGCGUGAUGGCUGAGGAUCCUUGCACUGGCUAUUCCGACAAGUGCGGGCGAUAUCCGACCUGUCAGAGGAUAAGUGGAGCAAGUUGUACGACUAUGGUUUGUGGAGAGAAUGAAUAUUGUAAGACCGAAAGUGGUGCGCCAAAAUGUGUGAAAAAGUCUACAGGAUUAGCAUUACCUCCGGGAAUAAAUCAAGUAUCACAUCGAACGACACCAAGAAUUCCAUCGCCACCCCCUAGAUCUUCAUCAUAUGGGGGAAGAUAUAACGGUCACAGGAAUACUAUAGGUGAUAGCUCUAUUUCUUCAUAUCGUACGACACCAAGAGUUCCAUCGCCGCCACCUAGAUCUUCGUCAAACGGAGGAAGAUAUAGCGGUUAUUCCGGUUCCCGAAACACUGUAGGCGACGGUUCCAUCUUCAAUCGCCUGUUCGGCGAUGAUCGUCAACCUCGACCGACCAGUUCUAAUAGAAUUGUUGUGCCAACAAGAAACAAUUAUUAUGAAACUCAUACUCACGUGGAUAGUAAUGGAAACAGAGUUUGGACAUUUUCUGAAAGCGACGAAAUUGAGACACGAAUAGUUCCAAAACGAGACACUGAUCAUCAAACAGAAGCUGAAUCUUCAAGUACUUCUAGAAUUUCGGACGGACAAUCGUAUCCGAAAUCUUCUGGAUAUCCGUCUGGCUCUGGAUAUCCUAGUAGUAGUGGUUACCCAAGUUCUGGAUCUUCCGAUUCUACAUCGACAAAUCAACCCCGAUCCGAUUAUCCCUCCAGUGGAUCAUCUGGUUAUCCAUCCAGUGGAUCAUCUGGUUAUCCCUCCAGCGGAUCAUCCGGUUAUCCUUCUAGCACUUCAUCCGGUUAUCCAUCCAGUGGAUCAUCUGGUUAUCCCUCCAGCGGAUCAUCCGGAUAUCCCUCCAGCGGAUCAUCUAGUAAUCCCAUCAGCAGGACAUCUGGUAAUCCCACCAGCGGAUCAUCCGGUUAUCCGUCUAGCGGAUCGUCCGGUUAUCCUUCUAGUGGAUCAUCCGGUUAUCCGUCCAGUGGAUCAUCAGGUUAUCCCUCCAGCGGAUCAUCCGGUUAUCCGUCCAGCGGAACAUCUGGUUAUCCCUCCAGAGGAUCAUCAGGUUAUCCUUCAAGUGGAUUUCCCGAUUACCCAUCCAGAAGCAGUUCUGGUUAUCCAACAAGAUCUGGAUAUCCAAGUAGUAAUAGCGGUACUUCGGGAUAUCCGGAUAAUUCUGGAAAUUCUUAUAAUGAGCAAACUAUUAGACGAACUGGCGCUAAUACCUUAAAUGCUGCCUAUCCAAGCUAUCCACAAUCGUCAAAUUAUCCAAGCUAUCCACAACCAUCAUAUCCGCAAAGAAAUCCAUAUCCCAGUAAUUAUCCGCCUCAAAAUGCAGGAUAUCCUUCUUCAGGGUAUCCAUAUAAUAAUCAACAGCGUCCGCCGUAUGCAAAUCAAGGUUACCCACAAAAUUAUCCACAAGCAGGAAAUUAUCCAGGAGGAAAUUAUCCAGGAGGAUAUUAUCCAGGUCAAAAUUAUAUGACCACCACCAAACGUCCUGGUAUUCAAGAUCAACUGACGAAUUUGGCGCGAAACGUGGCACAAAGAGUGCUAACACAAACGAUAAUAGAUCGCGUCACUGGAAGACAUUAAUAAAGAUAAUAAUAUUGCAAUCUAAUUUAAAAUCUAUAUAAGAAUAUGUUCCGAAAUGUAUUUUUAUAAGUGCUGUAUAUAGUACUUUUUUGCCAUAUUAAUUACCGGACAGUAGAUCGCUAUUGUAAAAUAAAUGUAUGUCAAAUAUA